CCAGACUGCCCCAAACACAGAGCGAUAAAAGUAAAACAACAAAAACAUAAGAAUGCAAGGAGACAAGAAUCCCAUGUAUAUGGAGCAGUCUCUAGAGAAUGGGCAAAUCCCUCAAGACAUAGAUGACGAUGGUCGAGAGAAGAGAAUCGGGACGUUGGUGACGGGAAGUGCACACAUAAUAACGGCCGUGAUAGGGUCGGGGGUGCUAUCGUUGGCAUGGGCUAUAGCUCAGCUGGGUUGGGUCGCCGGUCCGGCCGUUCUCACGGCGUUUUCUUUCAUCACCUACUUCACCUCCACCUUGCUCGCCGACUGCUACCGCUUUCCCGGCCCUGCCGCCGGCAAGAGGAAUUACACUUACAUGGACGUCGUCCGAUCUCACCUCGGAGGAGCAAAGGUGACACUCUGUGGGCUGGCGCAGUAUACAAAUCUCAUAGGAGUUACUAUUGGGUACACUAUCACUGCCUCUAUAAGCAUGGUGGCUGUGAAGAAGUCAAAUUGCUAUCACAAAAACGGGCAUGGAGCUGCAUGCGGGGUAUCGAACUACCCAUAUAUGAUAAUAUUUGCAGCAAUCGAGAUUGUUCUGAGCCAGAUACCCAAUUUCCAUGAGCUCUCAUGGCUUUCUAUUUUAGCAGCUGCCAUGUCUUUUGCUUACUCAUCUAUUGGCCUUGCCCUCUCCAUUGCCAAAAUUGCAGGUAACGGGCAGAAAGUAAAGACAACCCUAACGGGAGUGACUAUCGGAGUAGAUGUGUCAGGAAGUGAGAAAGUAUGGAGAACCUUCCAAGCCAUUGGUGACAUUGCCUUUGCUUAUGCUUACUCAACCGUCCUCAUCGAGAUACAGGACACAUUGAGAGCACACCCACCAGAAAACAAGGUAAUGAAGAAAGCCUCUCGAAUUGGUGUUUCCACAACAACCUUAUUCUACGUUCUAUGCGGCUGCGUUGGAUAUGCGGCAUUUGGGAACGAUGCUCCUGGGAACUUCCUCACUGGUUUCGGCUUCUACGAACCCUUUUGGCUAAUCGACUUCGCCAACAUUUGCAUCGCCAUUCAUCUUAUUGGAGCUUAUCAGGUUUUCAGUCAACCAGUAUUCAGCGUUGUGGAGUCGAGUUGCAACCGUCGAUGGCAGGACAACAAAUUCAUAACGACCGAGCAUUCCAUGAAGGUUCCUUACUUUGGCACUUACUCCAUCAACUUCUUUAGACUUGUCUGGAGGACGUGCUAUGUUAUAGUCACGGCCGUGGUAGCGA